UUUCAAUCUGUCAAGACAGGAAAAACAACUGGGAAAUACUUUUGUUUAGGGACAAAAGAAAACUUGCGCCUCGAACCGAAAAUUCCCCUGCAAACACCUACAAAACAAAACCAAGGAUACAAAGAGCGACAAGAAAGAAAAAAGAUAACAACCAUAGAGUACAUCGACAAUGGUGCAAUUCAAAGCAUCGGGCGUGGCGUUAGUCGGCCUUGCGUCUACUCUUGCCUCUGCUGCCAUUCAAACUUUCUGUCCUGGCAAUGUUAAAGGCGUCUGCUACACAAUUGGCGUGCCCACCAGCUCGCAAGCCGCGGGUAGGGGUAACAUCUACUUCCAACUAAAGGCACCCGCAAGCUACGACUGGGUCGCUCUCGGAACCGGCUCCACCAUGGCCAACUGCAACAUCUUCCUCGUCUACAAGGACGGUAGGGGCAACCUGACAGUAUCCCCUCGCCGCGGCACACGUUACACUCCACCAACACUGGACCAGUCCUCAACAGCCGCCAGGCUCACUCUCCUGGCUGGCAGCGGCAUCUCGGGCGACGUCAUGACGGCCAACCUUCGCUGCAGCAACUGUGAGUCGUGGAACAGCGGCAGCAUGCCGCUUAAUGGAAAGGGCAGCUGGGUUGGUGCCUGGAAGUCUGGCAGCGGUUUCUCGUCUGCCUCGACUGGCGCUGGCAUCGACCAACACGACGCCACGACAGGAUUUGACCUCGAUCUCAGUCAAGCUUCGAUCCAGACCGACAGCAACCCUUUCCUGAGCGGCACCGGCGGUACCGGCGGCUUCAGCAAUGUCAACGAUUCUAACAUCGACCCCAACAUCCUGCUCGCCCACGGCGUCAUCAUGGCUGUGCUAUUCGUACUCAUGUUCCCGAUCGCGUCGAUGCUGAUGCCAAUCCUUGGCAGGUGGAAGGCACACGGCGGAUUCCAGAUGUUCAACUGGGUGUUUAUGUGGAUUGGUUUUGGACUGGGUAUCAAGGCUGCUAUGGAAAGGCGCAUGCUCCUCACAAACACUCACACUGUCCUCGGCACCGUCGUUUGUUGUCUCCUUUUCAUCCAACCCGCGCUUGGCUACGCCCACCACCGCCACUACGUCAAGCACCAACGGCGCGGUGCCAUCAGCUACGUGCACAUAAUCUAUGGGCAGAUGCUGAUGUUGCUGGGUCUGAUCAACGGUGGCCUGGGCCUCGAGCUCGCGGGCGUCUCGAACCCUAUCAUUGUGGCCUACGCAAUUGUAUCAGCCUUCGUUUUUGUCGUCUACGCCAUCGUCAAGGUGUUCCUCAUGUACAAGGCCCGCAGGGCCGCGAACAACUCAGCGCCCAAGGAGGUCGCCAGCCCUCCAUCGUACGAAGGACAGCAGGCGAGGCCACACCAGGGGAGGACAUAUGCUUAAGGAAAAUUGGGUGCGUGAGAGAGAAUCGGAGACAUGGGACCCUCGCGGAACCAUAGAGUUUACUGGACUGGGGUCAUGAAUGAUAAAUGCUCCAGGUAAAGAAGACCAACCACCCACCCGUGUGACUUGGGUAUGGAAGUCUACUUGUUUG